GGCAAGCUCAACUAAUGGCUUGGUUUUAUUUCUAAUACUUUCAGUACAGACUAUAGAACUUAGUGCACUGAUCUCAGCAUUGCUCAUGAUAAUCCAAUGAUUUAAAUGAACUUUUGAAAGUUUAAGCUAUCUCGUCCUAACCCGGUGUCCUGAGAUGCGCUGAAUCUGGUUAUUUUAUCAUUCAUAUGGCAUGCGUUGCUAGCACACCAAUCCUGAUGGAAUACAGUUUUUUUUUUUAAAUCUUCAACUCAAUCUCUUCCUUAGAAAAGCCAAUUCGCAUUUUCACUCCCUCGCUUCAGAAACAAAUUCCAACAGUGCCGGGCAAGUGUUUUAUCGUGAAGGGCAAGUGUUUUAUCGUGAAGGGACUGCUUGUCGUGUUCGGUAUCUUCCUGCUUCUUUCAUUUGGCCCAGAUAAGGGAGUAAUAUUUAUUUGUGCUUUCGAAGGCAUGUUUUCCCGCCAGACAUUCUGCUGUCCAUGCCACACUCAGGAUAUGCCAAGAUAAUCCCAAAUUUACUAGAAUGUCACUUUCACCAGUUUGUUCUGCCUCUUUGAUCUGGAGGAUGAUGAACUUUGAGACGUUGGCGUGUAUUUCUUCAUAGCUUAAAAAUCUGUAUCUUCCUUUGCAAUUGCCUCCAUAGCAAUCCAUCUAAAGAAGUGUAUCUCCAACCACAUUUUUUAAAAAACAAACAAACACACACACAGCAUGCGGUGCUAGAAACUAAAAGUGGAGGAAGAGAGCAGAGCUCUUUGUUAAUUCAUGGAAUGGUAGAAGCUCUGGGAACAGGAUUUUCAGCAAUUAGCUAAUUUGGAAGAAAAAGCCAAGUAUGAUUUGCUCUCCACUCAGGAUUAAGCAGUGAUUGACAGCAGAACCACUUGUGAACUCCUACCUUAUGAGCAUAGAAAUAGAACCACACUGAAAGUGGUUGAGAUCAGCUCACGGCCUAUCUACAGACUCUUUCUAUACUGCAUCUGUAAAAGUAAGUGUUCCAGGAGAGCUCACUCGGCUUCUGAUGUCCCUCAGUCCCAACCUAGAUGAUGACACCAAGAGGAGGACACUUCGUGAUAUCGCUCAGUGUAUCUCCUUGAAGGAAUCUGAGGCAAGUCGUUGCACCAAUGAUGACAUAAAAUUAGUGGUCUCUUUCCUGGAUGAUAGGGAUAAAGAGACUAAAACUGAGACCCUUAAUGUCCUCAAAGCCUUCAGUACCAUCUGGAAGUUUCAAAUCAAAAUCCAGGAAUAUGUCCCCCAAAUCAUCGAGACUGUGACGAGCAACUGGGACAACAAUCUGCAAAUUGCUGGUUUGAAGCUGCUGAAUGCACUGCACAUACCAGAUCACACACACACGUUAUUGAGAACGCAGAUUACAAACUUUAUGGACAUUCUGCUCACAGCAAACACUUCGACCAAGAUACAAGUUCUCAAAUUUCUUGGCUCACUCAUGGAGAAGGAAGACUUGCUAUAUGACAUCAUGAAUUGCCAGGCACCCGCUGACUUCCUGAACCUCUUCCAGUCAUCUCAACCUGGGAAUCUGCUUUAUGAGAUGUUAGUAUUUUUGGAACGACUUAGUGAAGGGCGCCAGUCUCCACAGUACCAGUCAAUGCAGUGGGACUAUAACAAAAACUCCCUCCAUGAAAUCAUCUUUGGUGACAAUUCCCGUCUUUCUGAGCGCUUGCUGGCUCUCAUUGUUCAUCUUGAAGAAGAUGUGCAGACUCAGGCUUGCAAAGUGAUCCUCAGCCUGAAGAUUAACAAGGAAGAAAGCAGGAUCAGUAAUGGGCAUAGUCUGGGGUCUGAGAUUAGUGCUUACCCUCUUGAAUCCACCAGAAAAAGCCAGAUUGCCAAUGGCUCCCUUUUUAACCUGUCUUCAAUCCAAACCACUGAGUCUUCCUCUAAUGCUCCUCAGAGUGAAAAAGGUGGCAGCUUUUACCCUCCCUCGAGCACCAAUGGGACUAGUGGCAGCUUUCACCUUCCCCAGGACACCAAUGAGACUAGUGGCAGCUUUCACCUUCCUCAGGAGUCUGAGAUUAGUGCUUACCCUCUUGAAUCCACCAUAAAAAGCCAGAUUGCCAAUGCCUCCCUUUUUAACCUGUCUUCAGUCCCAACCACUGAGUCUUCCUCUAAUGCUCCUCAGAGUGAAAAAGAUGGCAGCUUUUACCCUCCCUCGAGCACCAAUGGGACUAGUGGCAGCUUUCACCCUCUCUUGGGCACUAAUGAGACUAGUGGCAGCUUUCACCCUCUCUUGGGCACUAAUGAGACUAGUGGCAGCUUUCACCCUCUCUUGGGCACUAAUGAGACUAGUGGCAGCUUUCACCCUCUCUUGGGCACCAAUGAGACUAGUGGCAGCUUUCACCCUCUCUUGGGCACCAAUGAGACUGGCCAUAGCUUUUAUCCCCUUGAGAGAGCCGAUCAUAGCUUUCAGCCCCUUCCAAAUAUCUCUGUGGAGGGCAGUGAGCCUGUCCUGGAGGAACCCAUGGAUAGUUUUCACACUCCCCCAAUUGAAAGUGACAACAACAUUUGAAGGGGGAAGUUGUACAUAGGAAAAAAGAGACUAAUAAAAUGGGUUGGCAAACAGAGGAAAAUGCCUUUCUGUCUCUCUACAAAAAGAAAAAAAAAUGACAAAAGAGAUUGAUAUUCCUGCCUCUCCCAGGCCUGUGUGCUUUCUGCAGUGCAAAAACUCUGAACUUGCACCCUUCUUAACACUUCUCUCCAGUCUAGCUGGAGAUUCCACCACAAGUAAUAACCAUAUCCUGCCUAUCAUGGAUUGUAGCAUUGUAAACAGCCUUUCAACGAUUUCACUCCAAAGCUACAUUCGUGUAUUACAACUUGCUAACGUUGGUUUGGCUUAGCACAGUGAUGGCAAACCUUCUCCAGGCCAAGUGCCCAAAGUAUGGGUGUGCGUGUGGGUGAGCGUGUACGAAUGCGCGUGUGUGCGGCUGAACCCCCAAAGUGCAAUGUGCACACCCAUGCACGGUCCCCGCCCCAACGCAUACACCUGCAACCCCGUACAUGUGCGUGAACCCCUCGCACAUGCCUCAUGCAUGUGCAUGUGACACCCCCUGCGCAUCCUGCCCCCCGCAUACGCAGCCAAGACCGAAGGCCAACUGGCCCGCAAGAGGUGCAUGUGCAUGCGUGUCAGAGCUGAACUGGGGCGAUGGCUCGCAUGCCAUCAGAGAGGCACUGCAUACCACCUCUGGCACGCAUGCCAUACGUUUGCCAUCGUGGGCAUAUCAUAGCAAAGUUAAUUGGGCAAAUGCCCUCCCCUUUCAAACUGUUUAAAAUUGCUUAAAAAUUAAACUAUUGGCAACCUUUUGGAACACACACACACACACACACACAAUGUUAUCCAACUCGCACAAAUCUUUCUUUCAAAUAAAAUCUGACUAAAUUUCCCAGGUCUUCUCUCAUAUGUAUUUUCACAGCCUAAUCUAGGAAUUCAGUAGCUGCCGAACCUGUUUACGAAGCAGUACGUUUUCACCAGGGAUGCAAGGCAGUAAUUGUGUCUGAGUCAGUCCAAGAGAUAAAACUCCACAAAUCACAUUCCCAAAGAUAAUUGGUUCCAGCUGUAAAUGUUCUCAGGAAUUCAGACAAAACAAGCAACCCAUUGCUUCAGUGGAUGACCUUCCGAAGUCUAAGUGGACUUUGACAACCAGGUUUCCGUUAUUCUCUAGCCAGGGACAGUUGAAGCUGAUUUUCCCUGGUGUAUGUUUUCAGACUUCCAAAGCUUCAGCCUUCCUUGGAUGCCCUUCCCUACAAGCAGCCAUUCCUUCGCCUUCCACCACCACCCGCCUAUUCCGAUGGAUGCCUAGAGGAGAGAUCAUGUGAAGAUAUGAUGAAGCUGGCAUAUGAUAUAAUCAUGCACAUGCUGUGACUUACAUAUUUGUAUCAUGUAAUGUGAUAUUAUAUGUACAGUAUGAUGAUGCCGUUCUGCCCAUGUCAUUAUUUGGGAUUAUUAUGAUUCUCUGGAUGUCCUCAGCUGCUACCAACAUUCCUAAAACUAGAAGUGUCUCCUCCAGCUCAGAAUUCUUCAGAACCGAAUACGGUAUAGUAGGGCUUGUAGCUGUUCUUUCUCUACUGUUUGGUUUCUGAGUUAAGGGAUUUGUAGGCUUGCUUGUCUUCUGAUUUGGAGCUGAUCUUUGUGUCCUUCUGAAUAACUUGCUUCUGUUUCACAAAUCCCCAGAUGAGUCACCCAAUAGAAGAGCCUUGUACCUUUAGGUUGUAGAGAAUUUCCUAUUGAAACAUGAUUUAGGGAAAAGUGGGUCUAUUUUAAGGUGCUACAUGCAGGUGAUACAUUCAUGCAUCAUACUGGAUGCUUCAAUUCAUUUUUUUGGAAGUCAAUUCCACAAUUGCUGCACAGCCACACAAUAUUCUCUUGACACUCUCUUUCUCUUCCCUCUGACUGGACUGCUUCUUAAGUUGCUUGUUUGACUUUUGCUCAGUGCAUAGAAUAAAUUCAGUGCUCUGGUUUGGAAAAUGUAGAUCUCUGCUUUAUGUGCUAACCCAGUCAUUGUAGUUUAUUUGACAACUACGAUUUAGCAUCUAGGUAUUUCAACCUAGAUAAUGUUUAUCUAUAUAUUACUCUUAUAGCUCUCUUUAAUUAAGUUUACUUCUAAGCAUCACUUAGUGUUCUCUUUAAUGAUUAAUUGGGAUGACGUAAAAGCCAAAAUUAAGCAGUCCAAAAUGACCCCUAGCUUGUUUCAUUCUGGCUUUUACGUCAUCACAAUUAAACAUUACCCAGAGCGGCAGGCAAUUUAAAAUGAAAUUGUUGCCAGAAAUAGUACAAUGUGUUAGAGACCUGUGUGACGAAUCAUGAAAAAUGGAAAAACACUCGAUUGUAUAUUUUUAUUAACUCUCACCCAGAAGUCAUUUCCAAAACACAGAACUUCUCAGAAUGGCAGCUUUCAAAUGAUUCAGAUUAUGACACAUUGCAGUAGGUAGAUAGGAAGAGAGGCAGGCAGGCAGCCAGGCAGAUGCAUAGGGUUAUCAAAGGUCAGGCCCCGUCAAUAAUGUAUCACGGUAUAGACAUUUUAUUAACUAUCCAAUGGGUUGCCAAUUUCUUCUAAACACUUCCUUACUUGUUUGAUGCACAACUUUUGAAUAUUCCUAAGUCUAAGAACAUUUUCCCUGGAAAAAAAAACUUGGCUAGAAGAUAAAUUAGAGUAGUAGUACUUUGCAGUAGCAAAGCAGAGAGAAGCAUGAUCAGAGAGCUAAAACAAUGAAAUGUAAAGGCAUGGAACAAUGUAAAGAGUAAAACGGAAGGCUUAGUCAAAAGAGGCAAUUUGGAGUAAAUAGUUGCUGAUCCAUAUUAUUAUUUUCCUUUUUCAUUAUGUAUUUUUAAAAGAAUAAUAAUAUCAAUAAAAACAGUAAAAUACCAGUAAGACAGACAACAAAUACUGGUUUGUGUUAAAUGUAAGAUCAUUUAAUUUCGUCCUGCAUAUCUGACAUGGCAGUGUCUUGGAACUAAACACAGUUGCUACUCUCAUAGAUCAUACUAAGUUUUCCAAUUAGACUGGGUAGUUGAAAAAAAUAGCCCAAAGAAGGCAAUAGGAAUCCUAUUCAUGUUGCUACAAAGAAACGUAUAGAAUGCUGUCAAUGAAAUGACCAGGAGGACAUCUUGGUUGGAAGAGAUUUUACUGAUACUUUUCAACUGUGCUUUGGACCUGACAUUACAGUCACAAUGUCUUGUGUGUUUUUGACCUAAUCACUUAUUAUCCAUCAUUCUAGCUCACCUUACAUUGCUGUUGUACAAAUCAAAUUGCGGAGCUCCUUAGAGAGAAGGUUAGUUAUUAGAACUCACUACAUUGCUAGACCACCAGAAUAGAGUGGAAUCCACUGCCUUAAUAAUUUUUUUUAAAAAAUUCUUUCCUGAUUCUCAUACUUUUCUUUCUGUGCUCAUUGGUUGCUGUUGUUGUCUAUUUUCUUUUCAGUUCCUGAUCUAUAAUUUCAUGCAAGUUGAAAAGCCAUCUCUAUCUCCCGCACUCCAAUUUUGUGAAAGAUGAAUUCCCAUCUUAGGCUUAGUCAUUCUAAAAAUGUAGUACUAAGGGGAAAUAUAUUAAUCAUUAAAGAGAGUGAACAUGCCUGAGGGUAACAGGUUUCUGCAUGCAUUUUGAAGAUGUACUGAUAUCUUCACACCUGUUGAUAUAAAUACUUUGUCAGGAUAUCGUUUCAGCUUCCCAGUCUAGGCUACUGCCAUGGCAUUUUAACCGAAUGAUUUGUCCUCCAAUCACUGGCUGUUCCACCCUGGAUUUGGUCCCAAGUCUAAGUAAGGUGCCGGCUUGUCUAUUGGUUGCCUGCUCUACCCUGAUGGCUGGGACUCCCCUGAGGUGAAACGCAUGUGUGGAGAGAAGACUGACAAAUACACCCUGGGAGUCUGCACUGUGCGCUGGGCGUACAUCCUUUGCAUCAUCGGCAUUCUUGAUGCCCUCAUCCUUUCUUUUUUAGCAUUUGUGCUUGGCAAUCGGCAAGACAAUCUUCUACCCUCUGAUUUCCAAGUGGAAAACAAAGAGGAAGCAAAUAAAUAAAGACUGAAGGAAUCGCAAGUGUACCUACUUCUGUCCUUGAAUACUGAGUACUCCAACUUGACCUUGGACUCAGAAAAACUGCUUGAUACAUAAGUGAUAAUGUGGAUUCUGCUAGUUAUCUAGACACAUCAGUCUGUAUUAUAGAAGAAUGAUUCUGCAAAAAACUGUGCGCUCUUUUCUAGAAAUAAAUUUUGUUUAGUGUGACAUUAA